AUGUUCUUGUAUGCAUCCCGUUCCUCUUGUUGCCGCCGUGUUUGUGCUGUGCGCAUGGCAAUAUCUUGCGGUGCGACGUGGAUGGCGGCACGACAUUGCAUGUGCCCUUGUGCGUGUUGUGCGGCCGUGGCAUUCCGGCGAUCGUGUGUGAAGUGGCGGACACGGAGCUGCUGGACUGAGGGAGGAGGUGGCGUACGUUGCGGCGCGGCGGGAGCGCAUGACGGCUGCGUUUGGUGGGAGGGCCCGACGAUUCCGAGGCCUGUGCUGGAGGGGCGCGUGUUGAAGUGA